CACACACUCGUGUGAACGCAAGACUUCUAAAUUCAACGAGGAACGACAAACGGUGCAAUUUACAGGCCAGAAACCCCACUACCCCUCUAUCGCUUGCUUCAAAACGAAGCAAAGCCUCAACACCAAACACCUCACAAUCCAAACAAAACCUUGAUUUCACAAAAAAACUAAAACUCCUCCUCUGUGUUACUUCCAAUGUCACCCGCUGCGGCCGUCGAUAUCAGGUCACCCGUCACCUCCAAACAUCCUUCCUCUUUCCAAAACCCUAAUUCCAAUCCAAUCGAAAAUAACCACCGCCAUAGUGUAAAGGCUCCGGUUUUUGGUAGCGCAAGUGAAAUCGAUAUGAAUGAAAACGGGUCGCAAAUCGGGUCGGGUCGGGCGCGGCCGAGGUUGGUGAAGGUGAGGAGGCGGUUGCAUGGGAGGAACAGAGGAGCGGCUCCAGGUGAGUUGUGCGGGUCCGGGUCGGGUUUUAACCCGUUUAAAUCAGUAAGUGAUGAUUGUUGUAGCAGUGAUAGUUAUUUAAAUGAGGAUAGUAAUGUGUCCAAUGUGGGUUUUGUGUUUGGUGCAAAUGGAAGUGUAAAAAGUGGGAGGUUAGAUUUGGAUUUGAAUUCUCGAGUGGAAUUGGAUUUUAAAGAAAAAGAAUUUGGUGGAAGUGUGGGGCAAUUGAGAGAAAAGGAGCCAACUUUGGAUUCAAAAAUGGAGGCUGGGGAGUUUUGUAACGUGGGUUUUGUGUUUGGUGCUAAUGGGAAUAAUGACGGGGUGAAAUUUGUUUCAGAGAAGAGACAAUUGAAUGAGUGUGGUGUGAAUGCAUGCGAAGCAGAGAAUGAAAAGGUCAGGAAUAAUGGUGACAGCGAGUCUUAUGAUGACAGGAGUGAAUUAGGAUCGGGUUUGAAUACCAAUGAGGGAGAUUCUAGUGGGAAUGGUGUGAAGCUGGGUUCUGAUGAUGUCGGUUUUGUGUCUGAUGCUCCUCAUGCUGGGACUUGUACAAACAUGGGGGUUUCUGGUUCAGGUUUUGUGUUUGGUCCAAGUUGUUUUGUUGGAAAGUUAAAUUCGAACGAGGGACAGAGAGAAUCAGGCGAAAGUUCUGGAGAUUCAGCCAUUGCUGAUACUGGGACGAUGAAGGUAAGGCAUGAGGCCGACCUUUAUAAAGUGAAAGGCAAUGGUAAGGGUAUUUUUGUGUCACCUAGCAGCAGCAAGAAAAGUUCCUUUCUCAAUGAAAGUGUGGUUGCAAAGUGCCCUGUUGAGGUCAAGUCAAGUGGCGAAACUUUUUUAAAUUGCAGUAUUUCAAUGGAUCAAAAUGGUAAUCUGAAUUCUAGUGUCAAGGAUAAGUGCACGUUUGCUUCAUUUGCAAAUAGUAGUAAUGUAGCUAGUGCUUCUAGCAUGAACCCAAUAUUUAAUCUACCAGAAGAUAUUAAGAAACUUAACAUUAACGAGUUUAAGAACAUUCAUGGAACUGACGAUAAGAAUUCAUGUACUAAAGAUGAUUCUUCAUUUGUAUUCAGAAGCAGUAAAAUGGUUUCUGCCUCAUCUAAUGGAAGUUCUGGUGGUGAUAAAUUUGAAUCCAGUGACAAAAACAGAAGUUGUAAUACAGCUAGCACUUCUAUUGGAAUUUCAAGUUCGGGAUUAUUUACAUUUCAGGCAGGACGUGCAAAAAGCUCUUUUGAGGCCCAAUUAUCCCAAGAUCAAGUGAAUGAUGAUACACAACUCAAUGGAGCUGCUGUUCAAACUUCAUUGUCAUCGGGUGGUUUUGACUCCCAAGUAAAUAAUGUAGUUUCUGAAGCAACAACUGUGGCUGGAGUUGAUAAGGAAAAUAACGAAAGUAGUUCUACAAACACACUGGGUGGAUUAGGAAUGCCCUUCACAGACUUCAAAACUCCAUGGGAUCCUUCUUGUUUAAAAACAAGUCUAUUUCCUGAAUCAAAUAAGAAACUGGAAUUUACUGUAAAUAGCAGAUCAAAGAAGGGCAAAAAAUCACAAAUGAGGAUACGGUUGAAGCAAGAUUCCCUAUGCAAGCAAGAGCAAGAGCAAGAGCAAGAUCACAUGCAAAAUGAAAGGAGGCCCCAAGAAAAUCUAAAUACCCCUACCAGUUACUCACCCAUGGAUUUUUCCCCUUAUGAGGAAACUACAGCUGAGAAAUUUUCUGAAGAAACUUUUGUGACAUCAAAUGAUUCCAACCAUCAAGAAAAUAAUUGUGCGUCCUCUAUCUUGCAUUCGAACGAGAUUGCUGGUCUCAGAGAGAGUGGAGGAUUAGAUGCUAAUAAAGAUGAUGGGAAACCUAGAGAGAAGAUGAACCCGGAGAAUUCUGAUUCUGGUUCUGAAAGAUGUUUCAUGGGUGAUUACAUCUCUAAAGAGUUUGUUUUUGGAGCUGAAAUGCCCUGCUCUGGUUUCAACUUUGUGCAGGUCAGUAGCAGGGAUGCUGGCACUGCUGAAGAUACACACGGAUUAAAGACAGAAAGCAGCCAUCAAAUGCAAUUUUCCUUCACUUCAGGAUCGGGAGACCUAGAUGGGAGGAAAUUUUCCUUUUCUGCUUCACCCUCUGAACAAAUUAGUUCAUCAGCACCAAAGCGUCAGUUUAGAAAGAAAUAUAGGAGGAAAAAUCCACGUGAACCAUACGUUGUUGCUCAAAACCCAAAUGUAAGCAAAGUCAAAUACUUUUCUGUCCAAAUUUCACCACAAGCCACCACUUUUUCAUAUAUAGCUUUUGACAUUGUGCAGGGACAAGAAGAUGAUUUAUCUACUCCUCAAAGAAAGGUGGUAAAUAAAUCUGAAAUAAAUGAAUUAGCCAAGCCAAACUCAAUCUCAUCCAGUGACUCUGUUCAGGAAGCAUGUGAGAUGUGGCGAGCAAGGGGGAAUCGCGCUUAUCAAAAUGGGGAUAUGUCUAAAGCUGAGGAUUUUUACACAAGUGGGAUAAAUUCCAUUCCUUCUAGUGAGAUGUCAGGAUGCUGCCUCAAGCCUCUUGUUAUUUGCUAUAGCAACCGUGCAGCAACACGAAUGUCUCUUGGAAACAUGAGGGAAGCUUUAAGAGAUUGCGUAAAGGCUUCUGGUCUAGAUCCCAACUUUUUGAAAGUUCAAAUGAGGGCUGCUAAUUGUUAUCUUCAGCUGGGAGAAGUUGAGGAUGCAAUUCACUAUUUUAGUAAGUGCUUGGAAUCUGGAGCUGGUGUGUGUUUGGAUCGAAGAACCACAAUAGAAGCUGCUGAUGGCUUACAGAAAGCUCAGAAAGUAGCAGAGUGCGCAAAUCAUUCUGCGAAACUUUUGGAAGAGAGAACAUAUGAUGCAGCAGUUAAUGCUCUAGAUGUGAUCAGUGAGGCCUUGUCAAUUAGCCCCUACUCAGAAAGAUUGCUGGAAAUGAAAGCGGAAUUUCUGUUUAUGUUACAGAAGUAUAAAGAGGUGAUUCAGCUGUGUGAGCAGACUCUUUGUGCUGCUGAAAAAAAUUUUGCUUCCGUAGGUGCGGAUGGGCAGUUUGUGGAUAUUGGCUGUUCUGAAAGUGAAAAUUGCUCAUUUGCGAGGGUGUGGAGAUGGCACUUGAUUUCAAAGUCCAGCUUUUAUCUUGGAAAGCUUGAGGUGGCUCUUGAUUUACGUGAGAAAUUAGAGCAAAUGGGAUCCAUCAGUUACAAGAAUGCAAAUGCGAAUAAGAUAUUGGAAUCAUCUGUUGCAUUAGCUGUCACCAUACGCGAUCUUUUACGUCAUAAGAGUGCAGGGAAUGAAGCAGUUCGAUCGGGACGGUAUGCAGAAGCUGUAGAGCAUUAUACUGCUGCUUUAUCAAACAGCAUUGAAUCCCACCCUUUUUCAGCAAUUUGUUUUGGAAACCGUGCUGCUGCACACCAAGCAUUGGGGCAGAUUGCUGAUGCCAUUGCUGAUUGCAGCCUAGCUGUAGCCCUUGAUGGAAAUUACUCUAAGGCAGUUUCCAGAAGAGCAGCCUUGCAUGAGAUGAUUAGAGACUAUGGACAGGCAGCUAGUGACCUUCAAAGACUUGUAUCCAUUCUUGAAAAUCUAUCUGAUGAAAAUGUCAGACAGUCCAGCAAACCUGCUAGAUCCACCAGUAGGACAAAAGAAUUAAGGCAAGCUCGUCUGCAUUUGUCAUUAUUGGAAGAGGAGGCUAAGAAGGGAAUCCAAUUGGAUUUAUAUCGUAUUUUGGGAGUCAAGGAUUCUGACACAGCAGCUGAUAUAAAAAAGGCAUACCGAAAAGCAGCUCUUAAACAUCACCCAGACAAGGCUGGUCAGUUCCUGGCAAAAAGUGAAAGUGGUCAUGACAGGCAGCUCUGGAAGGAAAUUGUUCAGGAGGUUCACGCAGAUGCUGACAGGCUAUUUAAGAUGAUUGGAGAAGCAUAUGCAGUACUCUCAGACCCCUCAAAGCGGUCAGAAUAUGAUCUUGACGAGGAAAUUAGAAAAGCAUCAAAGGAAAACAAUGGAAGCAGUCAUAGAAGAACAUACACGCGCAGCAACUCAAAUGAGAGAAAUGACUACCGUCGACAUUGGCAGGAUAAUUGGAAGACUAAUGGUUAUUAACGUUCGUAAUGGUAGGAAAAAUAUGCUGUCUCAGGAUCAAAAGCAAACUGUGUUUUUCCGAUCAAGGUCAGGUCAGCUUUUAAGGGAUGAAGUUCAGAGGAUGGAUCAUCAGGACUGGCUAGCCAUUGGUCUGGUUAGCAGCCUGAUAAUGGAUCCAAACUAACCAUGGCAUUGAUCUAAGAUAGAUAGUUGUCAGUAAAUUUGGCAGAUUUCUAUCAAAGAAAUCUACAUUUCUUAUUCAGGCUAAAAGGGAAGGUUUUGUUGAAGGAUACUGGACCUUUUAGGGCAUUGUUUGCAAGCAUACUUAAAACUCGGCUCUCCGGGUGUGCCUAAAAGCCAAAAGCAACUCUGGAUAGAAAAACUUUGGGGUUUAUUUAUUCAAACCCCCAUAGAGAAAACAGAGAAGAAUCACUUCUAGCUGUUUGUUGUUUACAAAAACCACAGGUGCAUUAUCAAAAUAAGACGCAUGUUGCUUCAUUGUUGUUAACUCCUGGCCUCUUGGUUGCCUGGUGGUUGUGGUAUAAGGUUUUUCACCACAUAAAAUCUUGUACAUUAUAUAUUAAAAGAAAGAAAAAUACAAAUGGAUGUAAAAACUUUGAGUGUUACUUAUUUUAUGCUUAUGGAAUAAGAAGAAAAGGGAUGCAGAUGUUAUGCUGGCAA